AUGGACGGCGAAAGCGGUUGCAUGCGGGUUGAACGCCUUGAAAAUCAUUCAAUUGCCUUGUUUGAGCUGAGUAUGACUUUGCGAUAUUGGAUUCAACCUCCUAAGGCAUUGGCAGGAGCCUUUGUAAUAUCACUCAUUUGCCUACUUGCUGGUCAUUCAUCGCAAGCAGCCUGCAAUUUUUGUGUCACUCUUCCUGCAAUCAUCUUAAGUUGCAAAAAACUUACAAAUAUCAACACUACAUUUAUAAAUUUAGAUGAUUUGCUGAAAUUGCAGGAAAAUAUAUUGAUUUACUGGACUGUUCAAGGAAUUUUUAAUGUGCUUGACAAUAUUUUGUGGAAAGGACCUGACUAUUUUUGUGUGAAAUUCAUUUUGCUGAGUUUGCUUUUUUCCUUCCUCACAUCUGACAAAGCUAAUUUAAAAAAUAAGGAUGAGGAAAAUUCAGCAAAUUUGAAUGAUGCAACAAGUCAUUUACAGUCUAUACUCACUACUGUCGACUACACUCAAUAUACCACUUCGUGUUCUGCCCCGAACGAUUCUACAAUUUUUGAUAAAACAACGCUUUCAUUUAACUCUUACAUUUCAUCGAAAGCCGCAUCCGUACGGGAAGAUGCUGGUGGUGGAGAUUCUAUGCGUACAAUUGAAACGGACUUAUACAGCACUAAUUCGGUGACUGAUAUUGAUUCGUUAUGCUCAUCUGCUACUUCUGAUAUUAUCAGUGAUCUAUCGAUACGAACAGCGAAUAAUAACUGGUUAUCGAAGAGGGAUGAAAAUCAAAUAAAUAUAAUGGUACCAUGCUCAAAUGAAGAAAGCUCCUUUCGAAAUUCGAUAAAGCUAUUUACAAAUCCAUCGUAUGAGAUAAUUUUCAAUGUGCCAUGUAAAAAGCCAGUUCCAUUAGUAAUUGAAAACCAUUACAAACAUGCAAUAAUGUGGACUUUGAAAACAAAUGCAGUAGAAAAAAUAACUGGAUUUCCGAAUCAUGGAAUUCUUCAAAGUGGUGAUAUCGUUUCCGUGGAAAUUUCUUUGGUUGGUGAUCCGGCUAAAUUUCACGGCGAAAAUGACCGUUUAAUAAUUGACUACGAUCUCGCCGAUGCUACAAUCGAAAAUUUUAACCAAUCUACCAUGCACCGAAAGAAAUUUUAUCACCGACGAAAAGGAUUGAAAGUUACAUAUAAAAACUAA